AAGCCACUUGCCAAGAUGAGCACCUUCGGAGAGGUCCUGAAGGAGGUGGGGGAGUUCGGUUUGUUUCAGAAAACCUUACUCGUUGUGUUAUGCAUACCCAGCAUUUUCCCUGCGUUCGAUGUGAGCAGCCAGGUGUUCACGGGAAUGAGCUUUCCACAUCACUGUAACACCGACUGGAUAUUGGAAAAAGGUCCAAACCUGACAGAGGAGAGACAAAAAAAUCUCACCAUCCCGGUGGAUAAGGAUGGACGGUUUGAAAAGUGUAAAAUGUUCACCCCUGUGGAUCUGGAUUUGGAAACGAUUGAAGCGUAUGGCCUUAACAGCACAACAGGAUGCAUCGCCGGCUUUGAAUAUGAGGUUUCACAUGGUGUUUCAACCCUAGUGACAGAAUUUGAUCUAGUUUGUGAGAAAAGUGGGUUGAUAGAGGCAUCGCAGUCCAUCUUCAUGGCAGGCUUUCUUGUUGGAUGUUUGGUGUUUGGGGCUAUUUCUGAUAGGUUUGGCAGAAGAUUAGCAGUCCUGCUUACAGCUUCCCUCAACCUGUUGUUUGCAAUGACGACGGCUCUCUCGCCCAACAUCUAUGUUUAUAUCGUUUUAAAAUUUCUCUGCGGGACUUCAAGUGGUGUCAUUGUUAUGAACGCAUCCAUACUGAUGGUGGAAUGGACUGAUCCUUCAAAGUCUGCUCUUUGCACAAUGUCCAUCAUCAGUUUCUUUUCUGUCGGACAGAUGCUUCUGUCUGGUAUUGCCUAUUUGUUGAAUAACUGGAGGAUAUUGCAAAUUGUGCUCUUCAGCCCUCUUGUCAUAUUGCUGGUGAUGUUGUUCUGGAUUCUCCCAGAGUCAGCUCGCUGGCUCAUUACACAGGGCAGGAAGGAGGAGGCCAUAAAGGAAAUACGGAGAGCCGCUAAAGUGAACAAGAGGAAAGUACCGGAGGAGCUGCUGGAGAAACUAGAAGGAGAAGGCGCAAACAAAAAGGGAACCAUGCUGGACAUCUUCAGGUUAAGAUACCUGAGAAAACGGGCUUUGAUAAUGAGCAGCGUCUGGUUUGCAACAAGUCUGAUGUACUACGGAUUCAGCCUCAAUGUUGGCAACUUUGGCCUGGAUAUUUACCUCACCCAGUUCAUCUUUGGCGUGGUGGAGGUUCCUGCUCGUGUGGGUAUUUUGCCGUUCCUACAGCAUUUUGGAAGGAAAAUAUGCCAAGCCACGGUGCUGCUGUUCGGAGGUGUGGCUUGCCUCUGUGUUCUUGUUGUACCAAAAGAUCUUCCCGUCGUGAUCACAGUCAUAGCAGUUCUUGGUAAAUUUGCUGCCACUGCCAGUUUUGCCACAGUGUAUGUUUAUACAGCAGAACUAUAUCCCACCGUUCUGAGGCAGAACGGUGUAGGUCUGAACGCCAUGUGUGCUCGGGUGGCAGGAAUCCUCGCUCCCCUGAUCCGCCUCUUGGAUGUUUACCAUCAUACCAUCCCCAUGUUGAUAUACGGCAUUGUCCCCAUCGUGGCUGGAGGGCUCUGUGUGCUGCUGCCUGAAACUCGUAAUGUCGAACUUCAGGACCUUGCUGAAAACAAGUGA